AUGGUCCCUCCUCCGGUGACGCCAGGUCAGGGCGGUCCUCAAACGCCGGUGAAUAAUGUUGGUACGCCUGUAGCAGGCGGUCAGGGUCAGCCUGUGCGGCCUAUGGUUAAUUCGGCAGGCCAGAAUGGAGCAGUGGCUGGCGGAACAGCAGGUGCUGGUGGUGCAGUGAGACCUCCAGGGACUCCUACAGCAGGUCCAGCUGGUGGUGCUGGAGCACCUGGUCAGCCUCCACAACCUGGUCAACCUUUACCAUUGGUUGAUCUUAAUCGAAUUGUACUGGAAUAUCUGAAUAAGAAAGGUUAUUCACGGACAGAAGCCAUGCUUCGAAUGGAAUCGUCGAGAAUUCCCGCUCCUCCUGCUAAUAAUGUCGGUCCUAAUGGCGGUGUAAGGACCGGUCCUAUGGGCAGACCAGGCCAACAAACUCCUGAUAUGGGUGCUGCUGGUGCUGCUGGAACUGGAAAACCUGUCAUUGCAGCUCCUUCGGAACCACCAGAGGCAUAUGUUGCCGCGUAUCGAGCGCUUAAGAACUGGACAGAUCGGUCGCUCGAUUUAUACAGACCAGAAUUGCGACGCAUUUUGUACCCGGUCUUUGUCCACAUUUUCCUAGAACUCAUUAGUAAAGACCAUGGAGCAAUUGCUAAGGACUUUUUUGACGAGUAUUCACAGGACCAGGCUGUCGUUCAUUCACAAGAUAUUGAAAAACUGUCUGCCAUUUCACUACCUUCACAUGUUAAAGAGAACGAGCUAGCAAAAGCGUUUCUUGAACAAGAAUAUAAAUUAACAGUAUCACGCACGUCGCUUGACUUGCUGCUGUAUUUUGUAUAUGAGAUUGAACAAUCUGGAGGAUCGAUUAUUAUCCGAUUGCUUAAUCAGUAUAUGGAUAUCCAAGUUACAAGUGCUCGACCCAGCAUCACUGACACAGAAAGUGUACUAAACCCAGACGAAGGACUUAUUGGAAUCCAUGGAACCGGUCGUGGCACUGGACAAAGUACUUCGGGUGGUGGCAGUGGUGGUUCUGGUGGAGCUGGUGGUGCCGCAGCAGUUGCUGCUCAACAGAGCCAAAUCGACUCGUUCAAUUCACAACCUCUGAAAUUAGGACACUUACCAAUGGAUGCGGAUUUUCAGAAAGAUGUGACUACAGCUUUGGAAGAGAAAGAUAAACAACUGGCUGCGUCGGGUGACGAAGCUGCUAAUGCUGCUGUAGGAACUACGGGAUAUAAGACUCUGAGUGAAGAGUUUGCAGCACAAAUCAAGCAACAAGAAUCAGAAUCAGGUAAGAACGCACCAACAAGAGAAUCGUUGCCAUUACCAAAGUAUAAAUCAGUGGAUGUCGAGCUGGAAGUCAAAAAAAUCAUUGACUCAAGAGCCAAGAUCCAUCUCGGCACCACUCAGACGCCUCUACCCAGUGUGUGUAUGUAUACAUUCCACAAUACACACGACGGACUCAACUGUCUGGACUUUUCCGACGAUUCGAGUCUGGUAGCAGGUGGUUUUUCCGACAGUUUUGUAAAAGUAUGGUCAUUAAAGGGAGACAAGUUAUCGAGUGUGGUUAAAGACGAUGUUCCUAGUACCAGCAAACGGCUUAUUGGCCAUUCGGGUCCUGUAUUUGGCACCUCGUUCAGUUCGGAUAAUCGAUAUUUACUUUCAUGUUCGGAAGAUAACACUGCCAGACUAUGGUCCUUGGAUACUUAUUCGGCCUUGGUGUCGUAUAAAGGACAUAACCACCCAGUGUGGGACGUGAAAUUCGGGCCAUAUAACCACUAUUUCGCUACUGCGUCGCAUGAUCAUACCGCGAGACUGUGGUCGUGCGACCAUAUCUACCCACUACGGAUCUUCGCUGGUCACUUGAGUGAUGUCGAUACCGUGAGUUUCCACCCCAAUGGUACAUAUGUGUUUACUGGUUCGAGCGAUAAGACCUGUCGCAUGUGGGAUAUUAAUAAAGGAAGUGCUGUUCGUGUAUUUAUCGGCCAUACUGGAGCCGUCAACACGACAGCUGUGUCGCCUGAUGGUCGAUGGCUGGCCACUGCUGGUGAAGACAGUGUUAUUAAUGUAUGGGAUAUUGGGUCAGGACGACGACUGAAGAGCAUGAAAGGACACGGCCGAACGUCAAUCUACUCACUGGCGUUUUCCCGCGACGGAGCUGUGCUCGUCAGUGGGGGUGCCGACCACUCGGUGCGAACAUGGGAUAUCCGCAAGGGUACACACGACGGCGGGCCCGAGCCCGAGGUGUUCAAAAACGAAUCCAAAACGGCCAACAUCCCCGACCCCAGCACCGCCGACCCGGCUUCUGGCGACCGCAAAAAGACCAAAGAAGUGGUCGCCACCUCGGACCAUCUCGCGGUCUACCACACUAAACGCACCCCCGUCUAUAAAGUGGCCUUCACGCGUCGCAACCUCUGCCUCGCCGGCGGGGCCUUUUCCAACUAA